AUGAAAUUAGAAGAGAAAUUAAACAUUUGGAAAGCAUUAAUGCAAUUAGAAGCUAAUCAUGGAGAUGAAAAGAGUUUAAAGAAAGUAUAUAAUGAAGUAUUAGAAGUAUGUGAUAGGAAGAAGAUUAUGCUUCAUAUAAUUCACAUUUAUAAAGAAAAGAAAGAAGUAGAAGAGAAAAUAUUUAGAAUAAUAUUUAAGAAAGUUAAAGGAAGUUGUAAAGUAUAUAAGAAAUAUUGUAAUUUCAUAAUGAGAAAUAAUAGAGAAGAAGAAAAUAAGAAUACAAUAAGUAAAGCAAAAACAACAUUAGAUAAAAAGAAAAUGAUAAGUUUAGAAAUUCAUAUUGCACGAUUAGAAUAUAAAUAUGGAUCAUUGAUAAAGGAAGAUCAAUGUUUGAAGAUAUUUUAA